CAGUAUUGAGCAUGGGAAAUAUACCAGGAGGAAUGGGAGGCCCUGGAGGGCCGGGUGGUGGUGAUAAGAAGAAACAGGACAAGUCGAAGAAGAAGGGACCUGCUCCUCCACCAGCGCACUUUGGCAGGAGGAAGAAGCGCGUUAAUAAGGGUCCACCUGGCAUGUCGAAGAUACCCACGGUAGUUCCCACGAGCAAGUGCAGGCUCCGAAUGCUCAAGCUGGAUAGGAUCAAGGAUUACCUGCUGAUGGAGGAGGAGUUCAUCAACAGGCAAGAGGCCAUGAAAGUUGGCGGAGAGGAUAGGACUGAGGAGGAGAGGAACAAGGUUGAUGAGAUCCGUGGCAAGCCGAUCAGUGUUGGCAACCUGGAGGAGCUCAUAGACGACAGCCAUGCCAUCGUCUCUACCUCCAAUGGCCCCGAGUUUUACGUCAACAUUCUCUCCAUUGUUGAUCAAGAUCAGCUCGAGCCAGGCAGCUCAGUACUCCUCCAUAACAAAUCUAUGUCUAUCGUGGGUAUACUAGCUGAUGAUGUUGACCCGUUGGUCAGCGUUAUGAAGGUUGACAAGGCGCCUCUCGAGUCUUAUAGUGACAUAGGUGGUCUGGAGCAGCAGAUUCAGGAGAUCAAGGAGGCCGUGGAACUCCCUCUGACACAUCCGGAGUUGUAUGAGGAUAUUGGUAUCAAGCCUCCGAAGGGUGUGAUCUUGUAUGGGGCGCCGGGAACAGGGAAGACACUGUUGGCGAAGGCAGUGGCGAACGAGACCAGCGCGACCUUCCUCAGGGUCGUGGGUUCCGAGCUCAUUCAGAAGUAUCUUGGUGAUGGCCCUAAACUGGUACGAGAAAUGUUCCGAGUGGCUAAUGAGCAAGCGCCGUCGAUUGUCUUCAUAGACGAGAUCGAUGCUGUCGGCACCAAACGAUACGAUACCACAUCGGGAGGGGAGAGGGAGAUCCAAAGAACCAUGCUCGAGCUGCUCAAUCAGCUCGAUGGCUUUGAUCAAUCGGCUGAUGUGAAGGUCAUCCUCGCAACGAACAAAAUUGAAAGUCUGGAUCCUGCUCUAUUGAGGCCUGGUCGGAUCGAUCGUAAGAUUGAGUUCCCCUUGCCGGACAUCAACACUAAAAGACGCAUCUUCCAAAUCCAUACCUCGAAAAUGACUCUAGCUGAUGACGUGGACUUGGAAGAGUUUGUCCACAGCAAGGACGACUUGAGCGGAGCUGAUAUCAAGGCCAUCUGUACUGAAGCCGGUAUGUUGGCACUGCGUGAGCGUCGCAUGCGUGUGACUGCUGAGGAUCUGAGGAAGGCUCGAGAGAAGGCACUGUAUCGCAAGAAGGGAAAUAUCCCUGAGGGAAUGUAUCUGUAAUAUUCCUGCGAUAGAGUUGAGAUA